AUGGAUGCAGCAGACUUGCGAGAGGUCAACUUGCGUAAAGCUCUUAAUUUAGCAGUAGAAGAUGCCACCAAGAAAGCGCAGGCUAAAUGUGUCAAGUUAUAUCGGCGUCAAUCUAAGCAUAAUGCUUCCAAUCCAAAACCUGAAGUUGCGUUAGAAAUUAUACAACAAUGCCUAGAAAAACUGAAAAAGUCUAUGGAGGACGAGUUUCAAGUUAUGUUAGAGGAAGAGGAAAUUCCGUUAGCUUUAAAAGAAUUGGUUAGAGUACAGAAUCAAUUUUAUCAGCAUUUUCCUGAUCGUAAAGGUGUAAAAGCUUGGCGUCCUACUAAUCAUUCUUUAACGGAUGGACGCAGCGAAAGAAUGAAAGAGAAGUUCUACUACCUCAAUCAAUGCAAGGAUGAUUUAGUGAAGAUCAAGCAAGAAGUGGCAGAUGCUGCAGAAAUAUUAAAACAACGACGCCAGAUUAUUGACGAUCAUUUCUCAUGCUAG